UAGAAAAUGAACUGUGCAAUCAAGGAGGAAUGGAGUCUUCAAAUAUUCAACUGAAGCCAGAAAAAAUCUACGGAUGUACGAGUUGCAUAGAUGAAUUCUGGACUGAAAAAGAAUACAACAACCAUAUGUGCUUACUCCUGCGGGUAUGAUAGAUUUCCAUUAAAAAUUUACCAAUAUUUUUGUAUAUAUCACCGAAUAGCCCUUGCGGUAAGGAGGCAUUCAUUAACUAAUUUUUUCUAUCCAUGGCUCGCUAUGUUAAAUACUAAAUAAAUCUUACGACUAUUCGUGGUCUUGAGAUGUGGGCUCCUAACCUAGACAUUUUUAUUAAUUUCUUUUUUAUAGCAGCUUAAAUUUACUUUGCAUUAUUAAAUUUUAUUUAAAUUAUUCGAUGCCGAUACACGGGAAGUCUAUACCAUGAGGCGAAUUUUAAGUUUAUUACUUAUUUUAAUUCGUUUUGGUGAAAUCUUAUAAUUAGUUAUUGUUAUAUAUACUUAUACUGUACCAUAUUAUUACUUUGUUGACGCCUAGAAGGCAAAGGAAUUAUGUAAUCCAGAAGAACUAGUAGAGCUGAGGCUGGCGAUACUACAAACGAUGCAUUCGGCAGAAACCACCCGUUAUCUUAUAUAAUUAUAUAUAUUGGUUUGGAAUCGGCGCUCUGGCAGGAUCUGGUGGACAAUUCUUCGUCGUAGCAGAAUCAUGAGUCCUCUCUUCGCUAGUACGUUUGCGUUUGGGUCGUCCUGCCGGUAUACGUAGUAGUAACCUGGGAACUUGAUGGUUAUGUUUGGUUUUAGUAGAGUCUCAUUAAUCAGGGUAAUGUCCACGUCUUGAUCUUGUUACAUUGCUCCUGUGAGCACUCUUUUUUGUUUGACACUGUCGGCAUUCCAGUAAACGAUCCUCAGAGGUUUGCUAUCCAUUGUGGCGGGAUAUGCUACUCAAACCUCCGAGGACCGCUGCGGCGGGGUCUUCUCCGUUUUUUAUGUGGCUUGCAGGACAUCGUAAAAGACUUGCAUCACCGUCUCUAUGCUGAUUGUAGAGCCGGGCUUUGCCGACGUCGUCGUGAUGCCGCGACCAUUUGCGCGGCGGUUUUAUAGAACGCAGUAUCAUCAUCACCCAACGAUACUGUGAUUGGUCGAUGAUGUUUCGAUUACUGUCGCGCGUACCUUAUAUCAUUUAAUAUAUAAUUUAAUUUUAAUUAUAUAAUUACGAGUAAUACAUUCUGAUGAAGUAUAUUUCGGCUUCGAGAUUUGUGCGCAACGCAACCAUCGCCAGGGGUUUAAAGAUGGAAAGCUUGGAUGAAUUCGUCGGGUGACUUGCGGAAAAACUCUCUUUCUGCGAGCGGACUCGGCGAAUACAACAACUAUCAGAGGCAUAGCACCCUAUCAUAGGAGACCCCCUGACAAAAAAGCCUUCCCUCGUUAACUCCUGGAAGAUACCUUAUUAUCUUCACCACACCUUCUCUAUCUCCUUAUAACUCUUUUCAAUGGCUUAGCCACAUUCACCUAGGCCAGGCUUCCCACAAGCGGGUCUAACCCAGUCUAGGUGACUCUCUUCAAUGACCCUGAUCGUUUCCACGGCAGGCGUCUGCUACCACAGUAAAGGGGUCCAACCCCGGGACUGUUUCCUCCACACCCUUGCGGGCGUAUGAGACGGAUAGUCGGAAAAUACGAGUAUAUUCCGGAUCGGCGGAUCGGCUACACUCGUCGGAAGCGCACGUCGCCUCACUACAACGAGGAAACUGCUACGGUUUAUUAAUAUAAACCUAUCGCAAUUUCGCCCGCGAUACCUCGCGGAGUAGAACACCAGUAGAAGAUGCCCAUAUGGAGACCGACGGCAGCGCGACGAGAUGCUCCCCCGCAAAGCUUGGCGGAUGGAUUCAAAAGGAUCCAGGAAUGCCCGCCCGUCUCAGGGACAGCAACGCCGAGAGCCGAAACCUCGGGAUUCUAGGAUCAAAAACGAUCCACAGAAUCAGCAUAUUCUCAGUUUACAAGAUUUUACUAGAUUACAAGUAACCCGAUAAUUUUCAGUUUACAAUAGGACCACUAAAGUCUAAGGCACCGCAACCUAAAACUUUAAAACGUCUCGGUAACAAACCAUCAAGAACUAUUGAUUUGUUGAGCUAUUUCUGAAAGCUGUCAGUGCUCCUACAACGUCAUAUGAAGUGGUUUGAAAAUUUUGAAUAUGUGCACAACGUAUAUCAAAAAAAGAUAUACUGGAUGGAUAUGGAUGUUUAGAGCGCAGGAAGUUAUAACUUCUGUCGAACAUCCCGAGAGGCACAGGUUUUUGUACCAGGGAGAGGCUUUGAUUUUGUCAGCGUGGAGCGUUUUCGGACGAAGUGGAACAGCGUGAAGUUGGGCCGUCACAAACACGAGAGCCUGAAGCAGAUACCACCAACAAGAACAAGCCUUGCGGGAACAAACUGGUAGUGCGACUGGCCAUGCAUGCGGAUGACGCGCCGGGUGAUCAUCAUCUGCCUGUCGAUGACGAGGACUGGUCCCAUCACGCCUCGGGUGAUAAGUUUCCGUCUGUCACUGGCAAUGAUUGGUCCCACCAGGCUUCGGGUGACAGGUCUCCGCCUGUCCCUGACGAGAACAGGUCCCCCUUGGGUGUCGAAUACGGGUCCCACCAGGGCUCGGGUGACGACUCACAGCCUGUUACUGCCGCGGAACCGACACAUCACGCGUCGAGGGGCGAAGUGCCGCCUGUUGUUGAAACGACUACCCACGCAUCGUGUCAUGUCUACGAGUCGCUGCCUGCCGCUAACGCGAAUUUGACUUACCACACUACAGGUUUUGACGCCAACAGAGUAUGUCGUGUGAUUCUGAAAAAAUGUGACAGUGAAAUUAGACUUAGGGAUACCAACGUUUGUAUCCCUAUUCAAUCGAAUUACAACUCGCGAAGUUCGAAAAAGACCUUUUCUUCAAGCUCCUCCAAUAAAUGUGUGAAAGAAAGCCAAAAUAAUGUGAAAUCACACGCAUUAUUAUGUGAUUUGUGCGGGUUUGAAUGUAAACGAAAAAAUACAUUAUUACGACACAUUUUGGCACAUUUUGGUUCGAAGUCUUACUCUUUACGUUAUCGACGUAUGCGAUCUCACGCCGGCGAAACAAGUUACUACUGUAACGAGUGUAACUAUAAAGCAAAAGUCAAAUCUCAUUUAGACAGACACAAGAGAUGUCACUCUAACGAAAGGCCGUAUUCAUGCAAAUUGUGCAACUUUAAAAGUAAGCGAAGCGAUAAUUUAAAAAAGCAUGUGGAAACACAUUACGCGGUCAAAAAGCCCCAUGCUUGUUCGUUUUGUGAUUAUGCAUGUGUCUAUAAGAAAAUCAUGCAGAGGCACAUGACGAAAGCGCACCCUAAGCUUCAUGUGUCCUUGAGUCGCGUGCAGAGUCACGUCACCACUAGCUACCCUACGGGACACAAGAAGGUCAAUGCUGCGACCAAGUGUAACAGUCCAGUGUACUAAACUACACCCAACAAUCGUACAUCCUACUAAUAUUAUAAUCGCGAAAGUUUGUUACUCUUAAAUGCCGCUACUACUGCCUACUACUUCUGUCGCCCCUUGAUUUAAACCUUUUCGACCUUCGUUCAAAACACCUUCACGAGCUUCAUGUUAUUGUUACGAACUAGGGUUUGGUACGACAGUGGUGGGCGGCGGCGGCGGCCCGGCACUAGGUAUCAGCGGCGCGGCGGCUGGCGGCGCGACUUGCGAGGCGUAACUCGGAGGCGCGCGGGGCGGGGCGGCCGGUACCCGAUGUCUCGCUCUGCCGCGUAGACGCAGCGGCGAUACCGGGUGGCGGUUCGACGUUUGCUUCGGGUUAAUUGUUUCUUCGGGGUCCCGAGUCAUCAUUCCUGGGAUUCGGCUCCCGACGAGGCAUUUUGGGUUUUUCGGGCUUCUCCGAAUGUUAGUCCGUCCGCGUAUUCGCGGAGAGGCUAGUCGCCGUGCUGUCUUCAGACCAUCAGCCGGUUGCGGGUCUGGACAUCUUCUUCGACAACUAUCUUCACCGCGAUAACACGCAGACGAAACUGGGACGGAUUUGGAUCACCAAAUCGGCUCAGCUUCCGUAGAUAGUAGUCACUUGUAGACACGUGCACUUGAGACGACUGCGGCCGAUCCUGCCCUGAGCGUCGUCGCAGUCGAUCGAAAGAAUUUCAGAUCAUUCUGGGAACGCCUAUGAUCGUGUUUAUUCCACGACAUUCGACAAAAAAACAAUAACAAAUGAUAAGCGAUAAAAACAACUCGAAAGGGGCGAGUGAUUAUGAACCCUAUGUCUUUUGCAAUAGCGUUUUCAGUGACAUUAUUUUGUACAUUGCCUAGGUAUUAUAUUGUAUAGAAUACCAAGGCAAUGUAUAAAAUCAAUAUUUUUUCAUACAUUGCCUACGCGUUUUAGGUUUUAUGACAGAAUGCCGGAAUGUUCAUAUUGCCCGUAACAUAUACGGGACAACCUGUUGUAUAGUUCAAGAAAAAAGUGAUUGUAAAUCUGGUCUUAAUGAUAUUUGUACUUUAUCGGGUAAAUAAUUUAUUAGAAUGAGAGUGGUGAUAUUUGAUUUUCCACUAUCAUUUUAAUCCUACUAAUAUUAUAAACACGAAAGUUUGUAAGGAUGUUUGUUACUAUUUAACGUCGCAACUACUGAACCGAUUUGGUGAAAAUUUAAAACGAAAAUAUAAUAGCUUACACCCUGAUAAAAUCCAUGGUUCCUAUGGGCCACCAGUUUGUGAAAAACUGAAUUCCACGCGGAUGAAGUCGCAGGCGUCCGCUAGUAGGCUGAUAAAAUUAUGAACCAUAAUGCCUAGUAAAAGCCCCAUAGUGUUUUUACUACUCGUCGAUUAAAAACAGACACUCCGCUAUUAAUCUGCUGUUGUAUUUCAUUUGUAAUACUUGUAUUCAUGAAGGAUCCGCCUCGAAGGACCAGAAAAGUUAUAUGACGUUACAUUCUUGUUUUUCGUCUUUCUGAUAACAAACACGCACUAUGAUAGAGACUAGUAUGACUUUUUUGUUAAUAAUUUUAGUAGUAAAAAUAAAUUAAUAUAAAAAUGAAUUCCACGUUGUGUUAAACGUAUUAUACACGUAUGCAUUUUUGUUAAAAAUGCUUUAUUAUAGAAACAUAAUUACAUUACAUUACAUACCUGUAUAAAAAAAUUACAAGUACCAAAGUUGUUCCAAUAUUUGCACUAACUUUAGGAUUGUCCUCCAAAUGCAUUUGGGAUUUCAGUCUACUUUCAUUAGCCAAACUCUAGUACGUUUAACGAGGCGAAUAAAAUACGUAAACAACCUAAAAAUACUAAGCUACAAACAAAGAAGAGUGUAUUAUCUCUGUGCUUAUCUAUCGCUUACAAUAUUUUCAACAUUCGUUUUUUCUCCGCGCUAAACGUACCUACUAUAUAUGUUUGUACAAAGUUAUUGCUAGUCGUCUGUAGGUAUAAUGCGUAUAAAAAUAUAAAUAUGUAAAUAUAAUGUAAAUAUGUAAAUAGGUAAAACGAGUGACCCAUAUAAUAUCUGAUUACCCUAGCACUAAUAGUAUAUGAAUAACGACCAUCAAUGAAAAAACGUAUUUAUCUAAACUUGAAUGGUUUAUUUUCAGUUUGACAUGUACCUUCUACGACAGAAGGACCAUAUUUUUUAUUUUAAGUCUUAGACAACUAACUGCCUUAUGAAAUCAGGCGAUUCUAAUAUUAAUAUUUCAUUUGUUUUUCCAAGCUCUAUAUUCGGACAUGUGAAGUGUUAAAUAUUGUUAAAUGAUGUAAAUAUAAAUAAAGUGCGUGUAAUGAACUGACUUUAUGUCAAUUAUCUAAUGUUGUAUAGACUUAUAUAGAAAAAAGAGAGAGUGAAUUUUGUAUUUUAUUUAACUUAAUGAUUUAUUUUUCAGUUUUACAUGUACCUAUUUGACAACAGUUUUUUCUCAUGAAAUUGUCUCUUAAAUCUAAAAUUUCAUUUAAAAAAAUGACGUAAUUUAAAAUAUACUGUGUGUAAUGAACUGACUUUAUGUAAUGUUUAAUGAUCUAAUUUUGUAUAGAUUUAUAUAAUGUUCAAAAAUAAGUGUACGAUGCCAAAAUAAAUAUGGAAAUGUGUGUACAACUUUGUUCCCGCCGUUUGACUGCAAAAUUGCAGAUGGUAUUAGCGAAAAAUUUACAUAAUUAUAUUUAUACAUUUGAUAUAUUAAGGUCACUUGAAUUCACAACAAAAGUUGACUUAAAUAUUUGUUGUUGCUGUUGAAAAUGUCAGGUUAUGCUAGCUAAGCUUAUGCUAAGCUUAAUAGAAAUUUGUAUAUAGGUGUGUAUUUACUAAAGUGACAUAGGCUUAUAAAUAUAUGUAUGUAUGGUUGUAUAUAUUUAUUUGACAUGAUUUCGUAAUGAACUAAUUAAUAGGCACCGUUCAAGGAUGUUAUUAAGUAUAAUGGUACACAUGCUCUAAAAUAGCAUGUUAAAAACGUGCUAUUAGGUAUGCUGCAUACGAGCAUUCUUAUCAACAGUUUACAUUUGCUCGCAAUAAGCAUGGUAUUUUUAAGUAUGCUCCUGAAUAAGCAUGCUCAAAGCAAACAUUCCAAUUACACAUGCUUAUUUGUAUCUAUCGCUCUGUGUCUAUAGUAUCGUGUUAGACAGGGGAGAUGAAGGUGAAGAAAAUACAGAAUAGCAAUGCUGAUCGACUAGCAUAGUCAAUAAGCAAACCUGUUCAGACGCGCUAAAAUCACGCCCCCUUCCACCCGCGCAGCAAGUAGCAUGCUCAUUAUUAGCAAUGUUGCGAUACACAUACUAAUAAGUAGCAACUGCUCAAUAGUAGCAUGCUUUCGUGCUUGGAAUGAGCAUUUGUAACAGUAGCGUAUGAUUAUCUUUUUAGGGUUACGUACAAAAUCCGAAUGUCCGUCUGACACAAUCAAUUUACUGGACCAAUUAAGUUGAAAUUUGGUACACAUAUCACCUGUGACCCAAACGCAAAGGUGUAUCGUGAUGAAAUCUGGUGAUGGUAAAAAUAAUAGAUAAAAUCUGAAUUUGGGGAGUCCAUAUGGGGGCUAGAUGGAUAAUUAAAAAAAAAUCAAACUGCAUCGUGUGACACUUCAAAUGAGCUUGUUCAAAUGAUAAGUGGAUCUCAAAUAUAUAUUUUUUUGGAAUUUUGAAAGAUUGAAGAUUGAAAAAAGAGUUUCCAACUUACUCAAGAAAAUUGACCAAUACCACCUUUUCUUCAUUUUAUUUUAUUAAUAUUAAUACAGGCUGUUUGUGAGGUACGUGGAUAUGAAUUUUCAAAAAUAGCAAGACGGACCCAGGAAUUAUCCAAUUUGUUUAACAUUACUGGGGACAGGUAAAUUUGUUAACGCGCUAACUUUAGUUUACUUGGUUUAACGCCUUUCUAUGGUUUUAUAUUAUACAUCUUCGUAAAUUUACAUUUUUUAAGAAUGAUUGUAAAACCUGAGGAACUGAGAGCUGAAACAGUUUGUUCCGCAUAAUCAAGACCUUCUAUAUUAAAUUGAAUUAAAAUAUAUUUUAUGUAUACCAGUAAAAUGUUUAAAUGAACUACUGCUUUGGGUUAUAAAGCCCUUUGAAAUACUAACAGACCAUUACAAAUGCCACCAAUAAAUCCAAAUGGCAUUUUAAGAAAAUAAUAAUAGCCAUCUGGAGUCACAAAAUCAGUUUAUACACUGGAAUCACUAGAUACAUUUGUUAAAAGCAAUUUUUCAUAUCUUUUGUUACUUACUUUAUUAUAAUUUAUAAAUGAAAAGUUUUAAAAUGUAUUGUUUAAUGAAAACCCAAACAAAGAAUAUUUAACAAAAUCAAAAGCUGGAACUCAGCAAGCGAUCUCAGAAUGUUUUAAGCUAAAAUCAAUUUAGAAAGACGAAUAUUUUGUUGAGUAUGUUCGAAAAGUGUUAAAAAUUUAAAACAUUAAAAUGGGAAGUACAUUACCUCCCGCUGUAAUUUCCAGACGUUACACUUUCUUUACACUUUUGUCCCGAUCUCAGACGAAUUAGAUAGGGGCCUGAUUCGCUAGAUGUUAUCCCUCUGUCAAAGUUUAAGAUCAACGUUCUAAUGCGUUUAUAAAUCGAUGUUUCAUAGAUGUUAUCGUUUUUGUUAUAAAGAGCUCUCUAAAAAGCCGGUUUAUUUAGUUAUAGUAAAGACACGAAAUAUAUUUAUUGGUGUUAACUAUUUCGAUGUGUGAUUUUAUAAAUCGCACAUCGAAAUAGUUCGCCUCGCCCCCGAAAAUACGACAGACAAUUUUAUUGGUGCAUUUGAGUGAGGUGCAACUCCAUAGUUAAUUACUCUAUGCUCCCGUCGACAGCGCACAACCUGGCCGACCAGCACUUUCGGUUUUAUGAAAAUUUCCCAAGUGUGAUUAAUUCGUGUAUCACUUUUACACGGCAUUAAACUAUCAAAAGUGAAAAAAGCAGCCAAUGACAGACUAUUACUAUAUUAACCUAAAAAGGGGAGAGCAAAGUUGUACACCCAAUAUAAUGCGUGUAUUAUUUAAUUUCUUUAAUUAUUAUUAUUUAAUUUCUUUAAUUAUUGAUCUAAGAUUCUUUAUGUUAAAUUGCAAUUUGUACUGAGCAAUUAAUACCUACCUCUUUAUAUUGCAAGAUGGGGCGUGCGCACCUUGUGGUAAUACUGUGUAAUUUAAUUUAUAUUAAUAUAUUGAAAUAAAAAAUUUAAUACGUU